AUGAUUAAGUUAGAACUAUUUUUCCAGGCUUUCACUCUAUCCUUACAGGUUAAAUCUCCAACCAGGGGUUCAAGAGUACUAGAUAUAUUUGCUACUAAUGUCCCGUUUGACUUUUGCAAGAUUCAGUUUGUGAGGGGCCUAAUCAACUCAGACCACAAAAGGGUGAUUCUAAGCCUUAAACAAAGAACUCCACCAGAAAGAAAAUGGGUUGAAUUCAGAGACACACGUGAACAUUGCAAGUUAGCGAUGUCAUCUUAUCUCAAGGAAAUUGAUUGGCCUUCACUUUUACACAGUGCUGAUAUAAAAUCUGCAGUUAAAUGCUUUUGCAAUCUGAUCAGCCUUGCUGUGGAUCAAUUCCUUCCUAAGGUAGAGGUCAAGUUGUCAAGAAAUGACCCCGCCUUCAUCUCUCUCGAGUGAAAUUACUGCUAAAGCGGUAUGGUGUUAGAGGCUGAUUCUCUAGAAGAGAGAAUUGAUAAGCUUAUUCAACAGAAUCAGAUGAAUGAAGUGAGGAGCAGAAACAACAAACAUUGUAAAUCUACCAGACAGUGGCAGAGAAUC